CCUCUUGCCGGAAGUGACGCGCCGGAAGCGGAAGCGGCGCCAUGAAGCUGCUGACCCACAACCUGCUGAGCUCCCACGUGCCGGGGCUGCGGCCCGGGGGCGGCUUCCCCCUGCGCAUCGAGGCCGCCGAGGUUCGGGUCCGCCCGGUGCCGUUCAACGCCGCCUUCGUGUCCCGCUUGGUGCCGCGGCUGCGCUGGGACGCGCUGCGGGAGGCGGCGGAGAGCUUGGGGCACCCCUCGGAGCUGCCCCCCGAGCCCACCCCGGGCUACGAGGACGACGAGGAAUUCCUGCGCCGCCUCCACCACGUCCUGCUCGAGGUGGAGGUGCUCGAGGGGUCCCUGCAGUGCCCGGACUCGGGGCGACGCUUCCCCAUCUCCAGGGGGGUCCCAAAUCUGCUCCUGACCGAGGACGAGGCCUGAGACCCCCCCCAAAUCCAUGGGGGGUUCCCCAAAAUGCGGCUGAGCCCCUCCCCCCAAGGAAAAAUCGGCGGGAAAACCCCGAAUUCCCACGGUUUUACCCCAAAAACGAAGCUUGGAUUUCACCCGAUGUUAAAGCAGCGAUGGGCGUGGUUUGAGUUGCCUCAUUUGCAUAUGGGCGGUGCUACCAUGAUGCCCCUCCCCUAUGCAAAUUAACACUGCUUAUUUGCAUUUUGGGCGGGAAUUGCUUUAUUUGCAUAACGGGAGAGGAAUUUUCCCUUUUUUCCCCUCCCCAAAUUCUCUUUUCUUCUCUCUAAAUUUCUCCUUCCCUCCCAAACUUCCCAGUUUUGCCCUAAAUCCUUUUAUUUUCUCGGAAUUUCACCGUGAUAUUUGACCCAAAUCCCUCUUUUUAUCCCAAAAUCCUCCAGUUUUGCCCUCAGAUUCGUCUCCUUUGUCCCACUUCCCUCCCUUGUGCCCCAAAAUCCGGAUUUUACCCCAAAAUCUCAACUUUUUGCCCUCAAUUGUUUAUAUUUUGCCACCACAUCCUUCUUUGUGCCCCAAUCCCCUCCUUUUUCCCCCCAAAAUCUUUCCUUUCCAUUCCAAGACUCCUGUUUUUCCCAAAAUUCCAUCUCUUUUCCCCGUGUUUUGGCUCCCCACGUUCUGGCCUGUUGCAUUUGUAAUUUUCCCCAUAAAUUUAAUAAAAAUUCCUUUUUUUUUUUGCCCAGA